UCUGUCUCUCUUUUACGAUAAAGGCGUUGUGGGAUCAUUGGCGUUUAUUUUAAAUGGGAAAGUAUUUAAUGUACACCGAUCAAUUUUGGGGCAUCUGGCGGUAUCCCUCCCGUGAGUGGCCUACUGCAGCGCGCGCAGCUCCAAGGGUAAAUCACGCGGUACACAGACUGGAGCUCAUCGACAGCAUACAUCCAGGUGGAACAUAGCCAUGCCGAGCAUGAAGGAGAGCCCGCCCUUGAAGGACUUUGAGAGGUUGAGGAUCGCUCAGUCGUCUUCUGCUGCGCCUGUUACCCCUUCUACCGCUGCUCCCAAGAAAUCAAAUACGUACCUGUCAACGUCAGAAGCAUCCUCACCUCCAUCACGUCAAUACCAAGUCACCCUCUACUCCCACCGUGGCGGUCCAAACGGCUGGAAAGUUGCUACAGUCCUCUCGGAACUCGGCAUCAUCUACCGCACAGUCUGGAUUGACUACGCCAAAGGCGAACAACGGAAUGAAGAAUUCCUGCAGAUUUGUCCCAAUGGAAGGAUUCCUGCUAUCAUCGAUCAUGCAAAUGAUGAUUUUGCGGUAUGGGAGAGUGGUGCGAUUAUCUUGUAUUUGGUGAAUAUGUACGACCGCGAGAAGAGAUUGUGGAGUGAUGACCCCAAGGUUCAAUCGCAAAUCACGUCGUGGAUCAUGUUUGAGGUUUCUGGGUUUGGUGUUAUGCAGGGACAAGCCUUCUGGUUCUCGUUCUUCCACCCAGAGCGGAUUCCGUCCGCCAUAAAGCGCUACGUCGACGAGUCACGGCGUGUGUACUCUGUCCUUGAGAUGCGCCUGGCCGAACGUCGCGAAGAGCUCCUGGAUCUUUCUCUCCAUGCCUCGGAUGACUCACCGUUGUCCUUGGUAGACCCCGAACUACCAAGCCCUGACGAGCCGGUGUGGUUGGUCGGAAGGACCAUGACGGCCGCGGACUUGAGUUUCUUGACAUGGGCGAGAGCGUGUGGACGGAUUGGGAUCGAUUUGGAGGCCGAAUUCCCCGAAGUCAGGAGGUGGGUCGAGAAUAUGCUAGCCAGACCCAAGGUCAGUGAGGCAUUGCGGCCAAUUUAAAGGGCAUAAUCUCAAAGUGCGGAGGAACAUGUGGUCCUUGGGAAAAAACAUGAAAGGGAUACCCAUCGAGGAAAAGAGGAGGAAGGACAUGAAGCAUGGCAGCAUACUGUGUAAUCCAUGGAUACCCGUGAGACUGAUUUGGG